GGAGGCGUCCCCUUACUCGUCUGGUAGUUGUAGCGAAGCGAAUCUGAAGAUUGGAGAGAAGACAGGAGGAGGUUUUGGGAGGCGAUCCGGCGAUGGUGGAGCAUGAGGAGACGCUGAUCGAGCAGAUAGAGGAGAAGGAUCGCGGCGGCGGCUCUUCGUCCUCGUCCUCGUCCGACGACGAGAAGUCGAAGGCGUCGGAGGCGGUGGAGGCCGCCAAGGCCAAGAUCUACAGACUCUUCGGCCGGGAGAAGCCCGUGCACCAGAUCCUGGGCGGCGGAAAGCCUGCUGAUGUUUUUCUAUGGAAGGACAAGAAAGCUUCGGCUGCUGUGCUUGGUGGGGCAACAGCAAUUUGGAUCCUGUUUGAGCUUAUGGAAUAUCAUUUGCUUACUCUGGUCUGCCACUCCCUUAUAUUGACCCUUGCUAUCAUUUUCCUCUGGUCCAAUGCUUCUAACUUGAUUAACAAGUCUCGGCCUCACAUUCCUGUGGUGAGCAUUCCUGAAGAUCUGACAGUGAAAAUUGCCCUAUCUCUGAGAUACGAAAUCAACAGGAGUCUUGCUGUUUUAAGGGAAAUUGCAUUAGGACGCGACCUGAAGAAAUUCCUUGCUGUUAUUGCUGGUCUAUGGGUUAUUUCAAUCGUUGGAAACUGCACGAAUUUCCUGACAUUGUUUUAUAUCGUUUUCAUCACGCUUCACACCGUGCCUUUCUUAUAUGACAAAUAUGAAGACCAAGUCGAUGCAUUCGGGGAGAAGGCAGCUGCAGAAUUCAAGAAGCACUAUGCAGUGGUUCACGCCAAGUAUCUGAGUAAGAUACCAAAAGGGCCAUUGAAAGACAAAAAAUCCCAGUAAGACAAAAAAAAAAAAGAUGGUAUCGCAUGGUGUCCUGAUGUUCAACAGUAGCUAUCUUUUUCGUGCUUUAGUUCCUACUUUCGGUCUCUCAGUGCUGAACCGAGUUACUGGUUUUUGAAACUUGUCGUGUCGUGGCUGGGACCGGUUCUUGUUUUUUUCUGUUUGUUAAUGUGGGUUCUCCUAAAUCGUUUGCGGUAUUGCAAAUAUACAUGUAAUAUUUAUGCUUGCUUGGAGUGGUGUUAGAAUUAGAAUUGAUGGGUUGGUAAAUUAUGCAGGGAAUCAAAAACAGAUGAUUAAAGCUUAUUGUUUCCCUUUUUUUCUGUA